UGCGACGCCAAUUCCGAUAUUCCGUUACACAAAAAUUAAUAAAUAUCAAUAAAUUCUUAUAUAAAUUUACAUACAUGUAUGACGUGACAAUGUAACAUACUGAUAUGCUUGAAAAGUACAUUGCAAAGAUUGCAAAUUAUGAAACCUAAUCGUAAUCGUAUUUUAAAUCCUAUUUAAUCAACCAAGACCAUUGGCAUGUACAUUCAUUCUUUAUCUCGAUAGCUUCACAAAAAUCGGACACGAGGUCGAAAGAAGGAGAAUGUCGACGUAUCGAUUCGCCGAUCAAAUUAGCACACUUGCGUGCUUAGAGCUACGCGGUAUUCUUGUAUACAAAUGUCGGGCAAAGGUGAUGGAUCGGAGUGCAAGUCCAGUCAUGAAAAUGAAAAUCUAUCAAAAGAUGCAUCAGUGGCAUUCGACUCAACAGAGCAUCAACAUGUACGAUACAAUCCAUUGAGGGGAGAAUGGGUACUGGUAUCGCCACAUCGUAUGAAGCGACCAUGGGGAGGGCAGAUAGAACCCAGUACAGACGAAGAGCUUCCAGAUUACGAUCCAAAGAAUCCAUUGUGUCCAGGAAACGUCAGGGCUAACGGAGAGGUAACUCCGAUAUACCAGAAUACAUUUUCGUUUGUCAACGACUUCCCUGCUUUGCUGGAAUCGGUGCCAGACCCACCGAAGCUGAACGAUGAGUUGUUCCAAAUGGGAUCCGCCAAGGGCACCUGCAAGGUAAUGUGCUUUCACCCAAAAUCAAACGUGACAAUAGCAUUGAUGAGGAUUCACGAGAUCAAGGAAGUGGUCAGACGAUGGAUCCUGGAGAUGUUGGACUUGGGUGAAAAGUGGACCUGGAUUCAGAUAUUUGAGAACAGAGGCGCUCUGAUGGGCUGCAGCAACGCGCAUCCUCACUGCCAGAUCUGGGCCAGCUCGUUUCUGCCGAACGAAGCUAGAAUCAAGGACGGAUAUCUCGACGAUUAUUACAAGCGCAACAAACGACCCCUUCUGAUUGAUUACAUGCACAAGGAACUCUUAAAAAAGGAACGCAUCGUGAUCGAGAAUCGUGACUGGGUAGUCAUCGUGCCAUUUUGGGCAGUGUGGCCGUACGAAACCAUGAUACUGCCAAAGGAACAAUUAAUCAGGAUGCAAGAUUUGUCAGACGGUCAACAAGAAACUCUGUCGGUCAUUAUGAAAAGACUGUGCACCAAAUACGAUAAUCUUUUUCGAUGCUCCUUCCCAUACUCGAUGGGGUGGCACGGUGCCCCGACUGGUCCGCGUCUCAAUCACGAUUAUCCAUACUGGACCUUUCACGGGAUGUAUCUGCCCCCUUUACUGCGAUCUGCUACCAUAAAGAAGCACAUGGUCGGCUAUGAGCUUUUAGCGCAAGCACAGAGGGACCUGACCCCGGAACAGGCGGCGGAAAAAUUGAGAAGCUUACCGGAUUCUCACUAUAAACACCCAGAAACUAGCCUGUCCGCUGAGGAAAUAGAGAAAUAUGCCAAUUAAAGUGUCCAGUGCGCAUAUGUAAAUAGAACAUGUAUGUAUAAUGUAUAAAUCUUACUAAACGGUGCAUGCACGCGUGUUUAUACAUGUAAAAAUGAUGAAAAUCGUUUAGAAAAAAUACUUUUUUCCCGCUACACGGGAAGAAGAAUUACGUAAUUUUGUAAAUGUUGCAAAUAUGCCUGGUGUUAUAUCGUGCAUCGCAUAUUGUACAUAUAUAGAGAGUGUUGCCA